GUCAGUCUGACAGGCAGAAUGACCAACGACUCCUUGUCAUUAUCGCGAAAUCAUUGUUUAGUAAUAACAAUCAGUUAAUCUCCAUCUGUUUCCUCACUCCUUGACUCUUAUCAUUGUUAACAUUGCAUUAGUGAACUUCUGUUGAUGCAAUUCUUUGUCAAAAUUUUUCGUUGUACCUAGGAGAAAGGUAUUUCACAAUUUUUUAACGGAAGGGAAACCUUCAUCAAAUCGUCAAGGUGAGCGAGCAAGGAAAGUGGGACUUUUUUGUUUGAUAAAUGGAGCAGUGUUAAAAGGUGGAAAUAGAGACAAUUAGUGGUACAGAUACCAAUGCAAUGGAGGAUUAUAAAUUUUUGUUCAAAGUCGUUCUUGUCGGCAAUGCCGGCGUUGGAAAGACAUGUCUCGUUCGUAGAUUUACACAGGGAUUAUUUCCUCCGGGACAGGGAGCCACGAUAGGAGUAGAUUUUAUGAUAAAAACUGUCGAAGUAGAGAAUGAAAAAGUGAAGCUCCAAAUAUGGGACACUGCGGGCCAGGAAAGAUUUCGAUCGAUCACCCAGAGUUACUAUAGAUCAGCUCAUGCAUUAAUCCUUGUGUACGAUAUUUCUUGUCAACCGACGUUUGACUGUUUACCUGACUGGUUGAGGGAAAUUGAGGAAUAUGCUAGUAACAAAGUUUUGAGGAUAUUGGUUGGAAAUAAAAUUGAUAGAGAGGACAGAGAAAUUCCGACCCACGUAGGAGAAGAUUUUGCUCAACGUCAUGGGAUGUAUUUCCUUGAAACAUCAGCGAAAGAAGCUGAAAACGUUGAGAGAUUGUUUAUGGAGAUUGCUGCGGAAUUAAUGGAGCAAGCACGAAGCAAGGAAUUACCUCGAUACGAGACAAAUGCAACGUCAAUAAACGGAAAAACAACGUCAAUUGGGGACAGUGGCACCUGUAGCUGCAGUCGAUUUUCCUAAGGACCUCUAAUUAAAAUGAAAAAAAAGUAAACAAACAAUUCGAUUAAUGGUGCAAUGGAAAUUUCACAAAUGCACCUGGUGGCCUGAAGAGUUUUUGUUCUCACUAAAGACCAAAUGGUAAUUCAUUCAUUAGCCACAGCAGUAAUAAACGACUCAUUUUUGGGGUCCAGAUGUGCUGAAGUGUGGCAAAUUGCAUCACAGAGUUACCUAUUCAAUUCACAAGGUAUUCAAUGCCUCAUUCCCGUGGGUUUCAACCUCCCGAGGGUGACUGACUGUAUGUAUUUAUAUUUAUUUAUUAAUCAUCGAGUCAAAAGUAUUGACCAAAAUCCAAUGGAAAUCAUCGUAGAUUAGAAAGAAUUUAUUUUCCUUAUUAUUUUUUUGCAUUUGAACGAGUCUAGCCUCGUUUGCUUUUUAUACAAACGUAGCUACUAGAUGUCCAGCAUUAAUUUCGAUACUUUCUUGCAUUUUUCCAAUUUUACUAGUAGUGUGAUACUCAGUGGAAUUAACGACAAGAGUUUUCAAUGAUUUUCCUCAAUUUGUAUAAAAAGAUGAAUAUGUUUAUGGAAUUUUGUUAUUCAUGCUAGUUUACCUUUUGUUCAAGAUACUUUCACGUGCCGAAGAAGGUGGACUAAAUUUUGUUACGUUUGAUGAAUGAUUUUAUCAAUGUUUUCAAAUUUUUUGGUAUCUUGUAAUUAAUUUUGUAUGGAAGUCGUAAAACGUAAUGAACCCACUUAUCUCAUUCUAUUCACACAGCAUUAUCUCGAAGAAGAGUGAUUGCAAGCGAUAGCAAGAAAUCUGUUUCUUAUAAUUAUCGGCAGAAAAAGUGUUGUGAUUUUAGAAUCCACUAAAUUACAAUUGAAAUAUUUUUCCAACCAAGUAAGUUUUUAAUUGAGGAAAUUUUUCCAGUUCAAAUCACUCGCUUGUUGAGAUAAGCGUAUAUUUAUCAACAAUACGAACACGAGAAGAAGAAAUUUAUGGACGAAAAGAAAUAAACUAUUAUUAUUAUUAUUAUUAUUAUUAUUAUUAUUAUUAACAAUAUCACAGAUAUUUGUUACAAGACGUUUUACAACUUCAAUGCAGAAUUGAGAGGGCUUUUGUAUAAGUAAUGUUGUAAAAUUGAGAAUGAUUUAUUGCGUUCACAUUUCUGAUUGUAAACAUCUGAGAAAAUUAAUUAUUAGCCAUUUCAUUGGUCGUAUUUAUAAAUUUUACUAGAAUAGAUUAAAAGUUUUGUACUAUUCGAGGAGAAAACAAAUUUUAAGGUUAAUAAUUCUUUUUCUCUUACAAAACUACUGCAAUUACCAAAUGUUGAGUCUUUGUUAGCCACUUCUAGUCGUCGCAAUUUGUUCAAAAAAUUCAUUUGAAAUUUAGUACAGAGAAGAAUGUGUAUCACAGCUGGUGCUGCUUAAUACACUGUACAUGUUUAUUAUUUAAGAGACAAAGUUACUCAUUGACAUGUUAGUUAAUCGAUUAGAAAAUGGAUCAUGGGAAUUUUUGAUAAAUUGAAUGAACAAUAUUAUUCCGUCGUCAAUUCGUAACCUUUCGCUUAUUAUUUUAGCUUCCGCAGGCCAUUCAUAAAUCAUAAUAUGUCAGCAGGAUAAAAAUUAAUAACAAUUAUGUCCGACAACAAACCCAUCUGCAUAAAUUAUCACAGAACUCAUAAACACCUGUCAGUUUUCAUCCUAUAAUUUGUCAAGAGUCUGAGAAAGCUUAAAUAAUAAACGAAACGUCGCGAAUUGACAAUGGAAUAGUAUUUCAUACUCAUUUUCCCCAAAAUCUCUUGAUCCACAUCUAAUUAAUUCAAGAGAUAUUCAUGUGCUUCGCAUUGUUUACCUAUUGUGUGAUCCUUGGGAAUAGAAAAAUAAUUUACACAUUCUAAAAAAAUUCUUUACUGAAUUCAGAAUAUGAGAAUAUUUUAAUUUAUAAUUGAGUAGAUAUUAUUUAUAAUGUGUUUGUGAAGGUAUGGGUGAUAAACUAGAUGAGAAUAAUGGAAAUCCGCGGGAUAGUCACGUUGGUUCGUAGUCAAUAAUUAAAGAAAAAAACAUUAGGAUACAUUUGUCAAAGUAUUUAAUCAUGUCACUGUGCUUUUAUUACUCGUUUUCACGCAUCUCUGACCAUUAAAAAUCACUCAUGAAAUUUUAAUGAUCUCUUGGGGAUCAGGACGGUGCUGAUGAGGGCUAAUUUGUUUAAUUUCCCUAAUUCGAACACUUUAGAUAAUUUAUAAACAUCUAUACAACUUAUGGCUUCAGAUGAAGGAAUCAGAAUAUCUCUCUUAUGAGAGAAUUUGUGAGCAGGAGAAAAAGUCUCUUAGCAUUUUUUUUCUUCCAAAAUCAUUAGGUAUGACACCAUUUACAAACCAUUUGCAUUGAAUUUAUUUACCUAAAAUGAAUAAGAUAAUUCCAGAAAUGUAAAGUUCAUCCAGUUAGUAGAUAUUUUUGCAGAAUUUUCUACGGAAGAAAAAAUGUCUUGACACUUUUUUUCUAUACCCAUUCCUCCCAAUAGAAUUCACAGGAUAAGAAACUCAUCUUCUACAACUUUACUACUGAAUUGACGCAUACAUUUGGUCCUGAUCCCUGAAGACUAGAAGUAAAUAAUAAAUCAGUGAAGAAAACUAACACAUAUCAAUUCAUCAAAUUGUAAUUUUCGAAAAAAUCGUCGUUUUUUACUGUAAAAUCCUAAGAAAUUUUUACGAAAAACAAGAGAGGAAAAAUUACACAACCACGUGACGCUGAUUUUGGUUAAAUUGAUUUAAUUAUUUAAUAGAAGGUAAAGUUUAAUGAGAAGAUGAGCAAAAUAUUCAAAGACUUUAGUAAAGUCAUAAUAACAAUGUUCUAAACGUUAUGAAUGUACUCAUUCACUCAUUACACUCUGUUACAAACGAUGAUUAAUUCAUUUCUGUAAUCAUUAGCAUACAAUAAGGCGCGUGCUACGAACCAGGGAACUCAAUUAUUAUUAUUAAUUACCAUGAACAUCAAGAAUACAUUGUAUGCACUAAAUACAUCACUCAGCAAGGAGGAAAAGGAAAGAGCCAGCCCUCAAAUUUUAAAUAAACUCCGUGGAAACAAAGCAUCGGAAAGAAAAAUUGUGGAACAAAAUUGUUUUUGGUGAAGGCUGGAUAUUUUACGUUUAGCAUUUUUAUGUGAAAUAAUAAUGCAAAUAUUAACUGAGAAA